AUGAGUGAGGCGAAAGCUGAGGUGGUUCCCGCGAAGCGUGUCAGGCAGAAACAACCUGGCAGAUUAUACGUGAAGGCCGUGUUUACUGGCUACCGUCGUGGUCUUAGGAAUCAACAUGAGAGAACUGCUCUUCUUAAGAUUGACGGUGUCAACACUGCCAAAGAAACUGAAUUUUAUAUGGGGAAGCGAUGUGCUUACGUCUAUCGGGCACAGAAGAAAAAGCGCUUGCCACGCAGGCACAAUCCUACCAGGAUCCGCGUUAUCUGGGGCAAGGUAAUGAAACCGCAUGGGCGGAGCGGGGCGGUACGAGCACGAUUCAAACGCAAUCUGCCCGCUAAGGCCAUGGGUAAACGAAUUCGAGUUAUGUUGUAUCCGUCCCGUAUCUAA